AGAUGUUGAUCGACGGUUGAGGCGGGGUUAUGGAUGUUGAAAUAAGGAAGCCAAGGCUAGGGUUUGAUAUCUUUUGGGGCGAAGGCGGCGUUUUGGGGUGAUACUCAUCAGCAGAUAUGCAGAUAUUCGUCAAGACCUUGACUGGCAAGACCAUCACCUUGGAGGUGGAGAGCUCUGAUACCAUCGAUAAUGUGAAGACUAAGAUCCAGGACAAGGAGGGAAUUCCUCCUGACCAGCAGCGCCUCAUCUUUGCGGGCAAGCAGCUCGAGGACGGUAGGACGUUGGCGGACUAUAACAUCCAGAAGGAGUCGACUCUCCACUUGGUGCUUCGUCUUCGUGGAGGGAUGCAGAUCUUCGUCAAGACGCUCACUGGGAAGACAAUCACUCUCGAGGUGGAGAGCUCGGACACCAUCGACAACGUCAAAACAAAGAUCCAGGACAAGGAAGGAAUCCCACCGGACCAGCAGCGUUUGAUCUUUGCCGGGAAGCAGCUCGAGGACGGUCGGACCCUUGCGGAUUACAACAUCCAGAAGGAAUCAACUCUUCACUUGGUGCUUCGUCUUCGUGGAGGGAUGCAGAUCUUCGUCAAGACCCUGACUGGCAAGACCAUCACCCUUGAGGUGGAGAGCUCGGACACCAUCGACAACGUCAAGACUAAGAUUCAGGACAAGGAGGGUAUCCCCCCGGACCAGCAGCGCUUGAUCUUUGCCGGAAAGCAGCUCGAGGAUGGACGCACUCUGGCGGACUACAACAUCCAGAAGGAGUCGACGCUCCACCUGGUUCUCAGGCUUCGUGGUGGGAUGCAAAUCUUCGUGAAGACCCUGACAGGCAAGACCAUCACUCUCGAGGUGGAGAGCUCGGACACCAUCGACAACGUCAAGACAAAGAUCCAGGACAAGGAGGGAAUCCCACCUGACCAGCAGCGUCUCAUCUUUGCGGGGAAGCAGCUCGAGGAUGGACGCACCCUGGCGGACUACAACAUCCAGAAGGAGUCGACGCUCCACCUGGUGCUUCGUCUUCGUGGUGGGAUGCAAAUCUUCGUGAAGACCCUGACAGGCAAGACCAUCACUCUCGAGGUGGAGAGCUCGGACACCAUCGACAACGUCAAGACAAAGAUCCAGGACAAGGAGGGAAUCCCACCUGACCAGCAGCGUCUCAUCUUUGCGGGGAAGCAGCUCGAGGAUGGUCGAACUCUUGCAGACUACAACAUCCAGAAGGAGUCGACUCUCCACUUGGUGCUUCGUCUUCGUGGAGGGAUGCAGAUCUUUGUCAAGACCCUGACUGGCAAGACCAUCACCCUUGAGGUGGAGAGCUCGGACACCAUCGACAACGUCAAGACCAAGAUCCAGGACAAGGAAGGAAUCCCUCCGGACCAGCAGAGGCUGAUCUUUGCCGGCAAGCAGCUCGAGGAUGGACGAACUCUAGCCGAUUACAACAUCCAGAAGGAGUCGACGCUCCACCUGGUGCUUCGUCUUCGUGGAGGGAUGCAGAUCUUCGUCAAGACACUCACUGGGAAGACGAUCACUCUGGAAGUUGAGAGCUCGGACACCAUCGACAACGUGAAGACUAAGAUCCAGGACAAGGAGGGCAUCCCCCCGGACCAGCAGCGCCUCAUCUUUGCGGGGAAGCAGCUCGAGGAUGGUCGCACCCUGGCGGACUACAACAUCCAGAAGGAGUCGACGCUCCACCUGGUGCUUCGUCUUCGUGGAGGCAUGCUUGCCUGAUCCAACGAUAAGUUUCAUGACGAUGGCAAAGCUUUCUCUUGUAUCAUGAAAAUCUUAUUCGAAUAGAGGAAGCAAUGUUAUUACAAGUUUCUAA